GCAGGUGAAUUCUUUACCCACUGAGCCACCUGGGAAGCCUGGGAAAAAUUAUAGGUUAGAGUGGAAUUGUUAGUGGUGGUUAGUCUGUAAUGUAGCAAAUUAGUCAUUGUUUUAUAUGUUACAAGUAGUCUAGAUAAAGGAAGUUAUGCUCCUAAUAUGUUUAAUUCCUAAUAUCUUCGUUCUGCUUUUUUGCAGUCAUUUUCCUUUGCCUGCCCUAUGUGUUAGUCCUUCUCAAUUGUGUCCGACUCUUUGCAACCCCAUGGACUGUAGCCCACCAGGCUCCUCUGUCCGUGGGAUUCUCCAGGCAAGGAUACUGGAGCAGUUCCUUUCUCCUGCCCUAUGCCUACAUUUAAAAAGGGACUAAAUGGGAAAGGGACAAGUAGAAGAUGAUGAUGGUCGUUAACAUUUGGAGAGCACUUACUGCAUGGCGAAGACUGUUUUCAUUCAGCCCCUAAAGAAAUAACAGUGUCUAAGGGACAAGAAGAGAAACCUGAUAGCCUAGUUAAAUAUUUCAGUGUUGUUUGGUGUAAAGCUUCAAAGAAAAAACACAAAAAGUGGGAAGGUGAUGCUGUUCUUAUUGUAAAAGGAAAGUCAUUUACCUUAAAGGAUUUGGAGGGCAAAGACAUUGGAAGAGGCACUGGAUAUAAAUUGAAAGAGCUUGAAAAGAUUGAAGAGGGUCAAACAAUGAUGAUUGGUGGAAAAGAAAUAGAAGUCAUGGGUAUCAUCUCUCCAGAUGAUUUCAACAGUGGAAGAUGUUUUCAGUUUGGAGGAGGAUGUUCUGCUGUCUUAAGUUCUUCUCAAGCUGCCAAGAAGUGUUUCUCUAACCCUUUCAAAAGUGUCUGUAAACUCAGUUCAAAGGAAAAUAAACAGAACAGUUUCCAAAAUUGCAAACCACGCCAUGACCCAUAUGCACCAGCCCCCUACCUGCCAGGAAUUCACCUCGAAAAUGAGAGUUUCUUUUGGUUGCUCAGAAACCUGGGAAGAUCCACAGAAAACCUUCCUCCAGAUUCCCUUGUUAUGCUCCGACCAGAUAAGAAUCACCAGUGGCUGUUCAAUAAGACCUGUUUUCCUGUUGUGGAUGUAGUGAUAGAUCCUCACCUUGUAUAUUACCUUCGACCACAUCAGAAAGAAGGGGUCAUAUUCCUUUAUGAAUGUGUGAUGGGAAUGAGGGUGAAUGGCAGAUGUGGAGCUAUUCUUGCCGAUGAAAUGGGUUUAGGGAAAACACUGCAAUGUAUUUCGCUUAUCUGGACCCUACAGUGUCAGGGACCCUACGGAGGCAAGCCAAUAAUAAAGAAGACACUUAUUGUCACACCUGGAAGCUUGGUGAAUAAUUGGAGGAAAGAAUUCCAAAAAUGGCUAGGAAUUGAAAGGAUCAAGAUAUUUACUGUUGAUCAGGACCACAAAGUAGAAGAAUUCACCAAAUCUCCAUUUUAUUCUGUUCUUAUCAUCAGUUAUGAAAUGUUACUUCGUUCCCUGGAUCAAAUUAAGACUGUAAAAUUUGAUCUUCUAAUUUGUGAUGAAGGGCAUCGUUUGAAGAACAGUGCCAUUAAGACAACUACAGCCCUCAUUAGCCUCUCUUGUGAGAAAAGGAUAAUUUUAACUGGUACUCCAGUUCAGAAUGAUCUCCAAGAAUUUUUUACAUUAAUUGAUUUUGUAAAUCCAGGAAUAUUAGGCUCUUUGUCAGCUUAUAGAAAAAUAUAUGAAGAACCCAUUAUUAUAUCAAGACAACCUUCUGCUUCUGAGGAAGAAAGGAAGUUAGGAGAGCAAAGAGCAGCUGAACUUACUUGCCUCACUGGACUCUUCAUCCUUAGAAGAACCCAAGAAGUCAUAAAUAAAUAUCUCCCUCCUAAAAUAGAGAAUGUAGUCUUUUGCCGACCAGGAGCCCUACAGAUUGAACUUUAUAGACAACUGUUAAAUUCUCAGGCCGUCAGAUUCUGUCUUCAAGGAUUGUUGGAAAAUACUUCUCAUCUAAUAUGUAUUGGAGCUCUUAAAAAACUGUGCAAUCACCCCUGCCUUUUGUUUGGCUCAAUAAAGGAAAAAGAAAGCAACUCAACUUGGGAUGAGAGUGAAGAAAGAAAUCUCUAUGAAGGCUUGAUGAAUGUGUUCCCUGCUGAUUACAACCCGAUCAUGUUUACUGAGGAAGAGUCUGGAAAACUGCAGGUGCUGUCAAAGCUCUUAGCCGUUAUCCGCGAACUUCGUCCUGCUGAAAAAGUUGUGUUGGUAUCCAACUAUACACGAACCUUGGAUAUUUUACAAGAAGUCUGCAAGCGUCAUGGAUAUACUUAUACAAGACUUGAUGGACAGACCCCAAUCUCUCAAAGGCAGAAAAUUGUUGAUGGCUUUAAUAGUAAAUACUCUUCUGAUUUUAUUUUUUUGUUAAGUUCAAAAGCUGGUGGUGUGGGGCUUAACCUUAUUGGAGGAUCUCACUUAAUCCUCUAUGACAUUGAUUGGAAUCCAGCUACUGAUAUCCAGGCAAUGUCUAGAGUGUGGAGAGAUGGUCAGAAGCACCCUGUACAUAUUUACAGACUCCUAACCACAGGCACAAUAGAGGAAAAGAUCUAUCAAAGACAGAUCAGUAAACAAGGUCUUUCUGGGGCAGUUGUAGACCUAGCCAAGACAUCUGAUCAUAUUCAGUUUUCAGUGGAAGAACUUAAAAACUUGUUUACAUUGCAUGAAAGUUCACAUUGCGUUACUCAUGACCUGCUUGACUGUGAAUGUACAGGAGAAAAUCAUACAGGUGAUUCAUUGGAAAAAUUCCCUGUGUCUAGAAGUUGUCAGCUUGGUCCACAUCACCAGAAGUCUGACUCCCUGAAACCUCUCUCCAUGUCACAGCUGAAACAGUGGAAACAUUUUCCUGGAGAUCAUUUAAAUCUUACAGAUCCUUUUCUUGAAAGAAUAAGAGAAAAUGUAUCAUUCUUUUUUCAAAAUAUAACCAAUCAAACUAUUGCUAUAUAAUGAAAUAUUACUUUAUGACAUUGUUGUGCUUCCCCCUUUAAAAAGUUAAUCUAGUAAGUAAAUGUACUUUUGGAAAACAAAUGGAAUUAUUUUAAUUAUAAUAAUGUAUUUUGUUGCACACUAUAUUAUAGUUUUGAUACGGUAGUCAAAACUGACUUGUUUAAGGUUUUGUAUAUGUUCCUAAAUAUUGACACAUUAAAGACAUACUUCUGUCAUC